AUUCAAACGCAGCAUUUCACCCCCAAUUCUAAAUUGAAGAACAAAAAGGGCAUAAAGAUUCGAUUUUUAUCACCGCCUCCUCUUCCUCCAAUGGCUUCCAUGGCCGCCGCCUUCGUCGGUGGAUCCCCGAAUUCCGUCCGCAAUCCCAUCAAGCCGGCACUUCUCUCGGCCUCUCUCCGCCUCAGCCUCCCGCCGGCCGCCGCCGGCCGCCGCAGCCCCACCCCCAUCCGCGCCUCCUUCGCCCCCGCCACCGCAUCGUGUAGCCUCAUCGAGCCGGACGGCGGGAGGCUGGUCGACCUGGUCGCGCCGGAGGGCCCGUCGCGGCACGCGCUCCGCCGGGAGGCGGCGCGGUUGCCGCAGAUCAAGCUCUCGCGGAUCGAUCUGGAGUGGGUGCACGUGCUCAGCGAAGGGUGGGCGAGCCCGCUGGGCGGCUUCAUGAGGGAAGCCGAGUUCCUCCAAACGCUUCAUUUCAACUGUCUCCGCCUCGGAGACGGCUCCGUCGUCAACAUGUCGGUCCCGAUCGUGUUGGCCAUCGACGACGCCCAGAAAAGGGCCAUCGGCGACCGGCGCAGGGUGGCGCUUGUCGACUCCCGGGAAAGGCCUGUCGCCAUCCUGAGCAAUGUUGAGAUCUAUAAGCAUAACAAAGAAGAGCGGAUUGCACGAACAUGGGGCACUACUGCUCCUGGACUGCCAUACGUCCAGGAAGCUAUAGAAAAAGCUGGAAAUUGGUUAAUUGGUGGAGACUUGGAAGUUAUAGAACGUAUCAAGUAUAACGAUGGUCUUGACCAAUAUCGAUUAUCACCUUCUGAACUCCGUGAAGAAUUUGCCAGACGCAAUGCAGAUGCUGUAUUUGCUUUCCAACUGCGUAACCCUGUGCAUAAUGGCCAUGCCUUGCUCAUGACCGACACCCGCAGGCGUCUUCUCGAAAUGGGCUACAAAAACCCUGUCCUCUUGCUUCAUCCAUUGGGAGGCUACACGAAAGCAGACGAUGUGCCACUUCAUUGGAGAAUGAAGCAACAUGAGAAGGUUCUUCAGGAUGGUGUUCUUAACCCGGAAACCACAGUGGUUGCUAUAUUCCCUUCUCCAAUGCAUUAUGCUGGCCCAACAGAAGUCCAGUGGCAUGCAAAAUCUCGCAUAAAUGCCGGUGCGAAUUUCUACAUUGUCGGCAGAGAUCCGGCAGGUAUGAGCCACCCUGUUGAGAAAAGGGACCUCUAUGAUGCUGACCAUGGGAAGAAGGUUCUCAGUAUGGCACCAGGUCUUGAAAAGCUUAGCAUUCUACCUUUCAAGGUUGCAGCAUAUGACAAAACACAGAAGAAAAUGGCAUUCUUUGACCCUUCAAGGACUGAGGAUUUCCUCUUCAUUUCUGGUACAAAGAUGAGGGCUCUUGCCCGAAACAGAGAGAAUCCGCCGGAUGGCUUCAUGUGCCCCAGUGGUUGGAAAGUUUUGGUCGAGUACUAUGAUAGUGUGGCUCCACCUGAAGCCAACAAAUUGCGCGAACCUGUUCCAGUCUGAACUGUUCCUCGCGCAAUGAAAGAUUGAAUGGAUAUAGUGUGGUUCCACCUGAAAGAUUGAUUGCUUAUGUGCAAGACAAUGAAGCAACCCUCAAAUCCAGUGUGCUGUUGUAAAUAUAAUUUAUGAACUUGUAAAAAUUGUGUGCCAGGGUUUAGUUGGAUGACAAUAAAACUAUGUGCAGACAACAUCUGUUGUCAGAUUUAUCA